GGUUAAUUUGAGUUAUCAUGAACUUUAAUGAUGAUAACCAUGAUUUCUCCAACCCUCCUCCAGCUUCGCCUAGAACCAAUUUCUUGGAAGGGCUUUCCCCCUUUUUCUUUGUGAUAUGUUCUGUGCCUGUUGCCUUAAUUAUCUGGCUACUUUAUUGGUACAUGUUUAUCAAAUUUAGCAAGCUUAAGAAUAAAAAUGCUGAACUCUCGACAAGAACAACCAGGAGUGGAGAUGUGUUCAAAAUAUGGGAUUACGAUGGUAUAAUUGUGUUUGAGGAGAUAAUUAAAGCAACUGAGGACUUUGACAUCAAGUAUUGCGUUGGGACUGGAGGUUAUGGCAGCGUUUACAAAGCAGAGUUACCUGGUGGCAAAGUGGUUGCUGUGAAGAAGCUUCACGGAUCAGAGUUAGCUUUCUUCAAUAAUUUCCAAAAUGAGUCUCAUUUACUAUCUCAAAUUCGACAUCGAAACAUUGUGAAACUUUAUGGUUUUUGUUUGCAUAGAAGAUGCAUGUUUCUGAUUUAUGAGUAUAUGGAGAGGGGAAGUUUAUUCUGUGUGUUGCGCAAAGAUGAAGAAGCUAUUGAGUUGGAUUGGAAGAAGAGAGUGAACAUUAUCAAGAGUGUGGCGCAUGCGUUGUCACACUUACAUCAUGACUGCACUCCACCGAUUGUUCACCGUGAUAUAUCUAGUAACAACAUUUUAUUGAACUCGGAAUUAGAGACAUUCGUUGCUGACUUUGGUUUGGCUCGACUUCUAAAUUUUGACUCAUCCAAUAGAACGAUAAUGGCUGGCACAAUUGGCUAUAUUGCUCCAGAACUUGCUUAUACCAUGAUUGUGACGAAAAAAUGUGAUGUUUAUAGUUAUGGGGUUGUAGCACUAGAAGUAUUAAUGGGAAUGCAUCCGGGAGAUCUUCUUUCAUCAUUAUCAUCUCCAUCGAAUUCAAAUAUAAUGCUGAUAGAUGUUUUAGACCCACGUCUCCCACCUCCAAUUGAUGGAAAAGUUGUGCAGAAUAUUGUGCUUGUUUUUGCAAUAGCGUUUGCAUGCUUGCGUUUGAAUCCAAAAUCUCGGCCUACAAUGCAAUGUGUGUCUAAAGAAUUCCUUGAUGAGAAGCCAUUGGGAAAACCUUUUCAAAAAAUUACCACAUCAGAACUUAGAAACUUAGAUAUGUUUUGGGUUGAUGAAAGUAAUUUGUAAGCAUAAGGAUGUAAUUCAAAAAAUGUAUUGCCGUUUCUGUUCUUUCAACCUAUCUUUUCUAAAGGAUUGU